AUGAGUAGUCCGUGGCCCCAGCGUAGGCAGGGACUCUCUUCACUACAACAACCUUCUGGGCUCUUGAAAAACAUCAAAGGUCGUAGGCAAGACGGUGUCGAUUUGCUCAACGGUUCUCCAUCCGCCAUGACACCCAAGCCGGACGACCAAGAUGAGGAAUCGCUUAACAGGCCUCCCGACUCAUCUGAUUCAGAAGACGACAGAUACAAGACUGCCGAUAUCAUACCCACAAAAUUCAAAUCAGGAGCAGCCUCGACGAGGAAUUCAUCCGCUUAUACGCAGAGUGGGGAGUCGCGGCUUUCAACAAACAAUGAAGCUCAAAAAGAGGGCGAAAAGCAGCGUCUCGCGGGAACCAAACGGAGUGGAGACGACAUGGCAAGCCAUUUGACUGAUGCAAGAGGAUUCCCCAAGAAACCAAAGGUCAAGACAACCUUUGGCAAAUCUUCGCAAAAAGGGCAGAAGCCACUCAUUAGAGUUCCAAGCAGAAACUACAGCAAAAAGGACUCGAGCUCGGAAAAGGUUUUCAGAUACCAUUCGGUCAACUCCUCGCCAGCUUCCACUCCAGCAAAGUCGAGGUUCAAGAGGUUUGAAUCACUCGAGUCUUCGCCAGAAAAGGGAAAGAAGGGUUUCGUCAAGCCAGACUUGGUUUCUGAAGACGACUCUCUGCCGAAACGGACACCGCAAAGGUCGCGGAGUGGCAAGAAACAGGGUCGCAAUGACAAGGAUUCUGCCAAAGAUAAUGAAGAAGCAGUGGAAACAACUCCAGUACACAAGUUCAAGACUCAUUUCCUUGACGAUCUCGACGACCUGCAAGAUAUAUCCGACAGUGACUCUCGCGCACCUCUAAACACACAACAGGUCACGAAAUUGUUGGAUCCCAAGAGUAAUGGUCUGGAAUCCGAUUCGGAACUCAGCUCCAUGGAUGAAGAUGAAGUACUUUCAUUUGAAGCCCGCUGUCCCAUGUGUGACGACUUGGUAGACCCGGCACUGCUCAAGCAACACACAUCGAAUGGCAAGAUGAAUGUCAAGAAGCAGACGGCAUUCUGCAGGAUGCACAAGCGAAAGGAUGCAGAGGCAGUACAAAGGACAAAAGGUUAUCCGAUUAUUGAUUGGGAUAAUCUCGAUACACGAUUGGCAAAGCAUGAAAAACACACCAAAAAUAUUCUCGAGGGCAGGCAACCAUCACAUUACGCAAGUAUACUCGGCGAGCGUGUCGAAGCUGGCGAGAAUCGAACGCUAUUGAGGACGGAAGAGAGCCUCAUUCCAGGAUACUAUGGGCCAAGAGGUCUACGGGUCAUGACGGAUUAUAUAAUGAAGAGAUUCUCAGACACGAUUCGCAAGCGAGCUGUCGAGGAUCGCCUAGUCUCAUCAAGAGGUUAUACGGGAUACGUGCAGGCAGUUCUCGUUCCAGAAAUGGCAGUCUGCCUCAUCAUGGAGGACAUGAGGGUUGAAGAAAAUGACGCGAGGCAGAUCUUGUCGGAUAGUCGCGACGUUGGCGAGCUCGUCAACGAAGAGACCAAGGACAUUGUGCGCUGGACCGAGGAAGAGCGCCAAGAUGAUUAA